GAUUUCGAGUACGGUGUCGUGAGUACGUGUUCCCUUUAUCGCGCGUUUAACCGCUAGUGAGAUCGGUCCGCAGGCGAAAAGGAUCCCGGAAACAAUGACAGACAGUCCAGCGGCACUCAUCGAGGAUGAUCCGACCGAGAAGGAGAAGUUGGAGGAAUGCGAGGUGCCGGAGGAGUCGCCGGUGAAGCGUGUGGCGAACCAGGCGCUUACCGUUUCGCCACAGCCGGCAGUAACGGUGGAGGGGCCGGUGUCCAAAAUGUCUCCACCAACGAACGACGUGACCAAUGGUGUGGUCGCGCCAGCCAACACCCUGGCGCCCCGGGUUUCGCCGACCACGAACCCGGCCCUUACCACCAUCAACCCGCCAACACACAAGCGGACUCCCAAGGACUUCAUCUUUGGCAAGGUGAUCGGCGAGGGAAGCUUCUCCACCGUUUACCUCGCCAAGGACAUCCACACCAGCAAGGAGUACGCGAUCAAAGUGUGCGACAAGCGUCACAUCAUCAAGGAGAAGAAGACCGAGUACGUGAAGCGCGAGAAGGAAGUGCUGAACAUGCUCGCGGGCGCGAAACACUCGUUCGUGCGCCUGUUCUGUACGUUCCAAGACGUGGAAAGACUCUAUUUCGUCCUAUCAUACGCAAAGAACGGCGAGCUCCUGCCUUACAUCAACAAGGUCGGCUCCUUCGACAUCGAGUGCACGAAGUUCUACUCGGCGGAGAUCCUGCGCGGUCUCGAGUACCUUCACGGGCUCGGGAUCAUCCAUCGGGAUCUGAAGCCGGAGAACAUUCUGUUGGACGAGAAGAUGCACGUGCUGAUCACCGACUUCGGCAGCGCGAAGAUCCUGAAGGACCCGGAGACGGUGCUGACGCACAACACCACCUCGGACGAACAACAACAACAGCAGCAGCAACAACAGCAGCAGCAGCAGCAACCUUACAGAAGAGAGCGCAGGGGCUCGUUCGUUGGCACCGCCCAAUACGUGUCGCCGGAACUCUUAACGGACAAGACAGCGAGCAGAGCCUCCGACCUCUGGGCACUUGGCUGCAUAGUCUACCAGAUGGUCGCCGGUCUGCCACCGUUCCGCUCUAGGAGCGAGUACAUGAUAUUCCAAAAGAUCCUGAAGCUCGAGUACGAGAUCCCGGACGGAUUCUGCGAGCUGGCGAGAUCGUUGGUCAGUCAGCUGCUGGUCCUCGAGCCGAGCAAGAGGCUGGGCGCCCAGGACGAGCACGGCGCCGGCUACCCGAGCAUCAGGGCGCACCCGUUCUUCGAGGCCGUCGACUUCGAGACCCUCCACGAGCAGAACCCGCCGCCGAUCUACCCUUACCUNGGAGCGCCGCGGAGAAUCCAAGCUGCUUAA